GGCUUAGAGGGAAUCAUAAUGAAGAGCCUGACGUUAUUGGCGCUUUUGAUCUUGGCCACGUUGGCCUUUGUCCACGGUGGCAAGGUGACCAUCAACGGCAAGUGCGUAAACUGCUCCCAUGAUCAAACGACUACCACCACGCACAAGCCAACAAGUGGAAAAGGAAGUGGAGGUAGGACGACAGCCCGGCCAAGCUCGAGAUCAUCUCCAGCCCGCGGUCGCCCAUCAUGGGAUGACGAUGAUGAUGAUGACCUGACCGGUGACUGGGCACUGCAUCAAUCGGCUGGAGGAACUCAAUACAUUGGCAGGCGUUCGAAGCGUCAGUCACGCGGUGGUCAGUACAUCGAUUUGGGCGGAUCUGGCGGAAGGGGUGGAGGCGGAGGAUGGGCAGGAUCUGGCAUAACCACCAUCGAUUCCAGUGGCUAUCCCGGCGGAACACUGGUGCGCAAUAGUGAUUGCGUCGGUUGCAAUAUUCGCGGAUAAAGUCAAUAAAUUAUUGAAACACUAAGAAAUUAUCUUUUUUUUAAAACGAAGAUUGUUUAAACUUAUGUGGUGGAGGAAUCAUCUGUAAACCAAUAUUCGAAUUUUUUCUUAUAGUCUCUAUAAAUGAUUGCGAUUUAAAUACAAUUUACAAUAUAGCUUUCAUUUUAUUACAUUUUUAUUAUGAUGCUAAAUAUAAGUUUUGAUUAAAAAUUUCUAUUUGCCACCACG